ACCAACCAAGCCUGUACCCUGUAUAAAGCAUCGCCAGCUUCACUCCCCAUUUCCUUCCAUCAGUUCCAGGAGCCGCCACUUCUUCUCCUUCUUCUUCUUCUUCUUUCUCCAUCACCGCCGGGAGGAUUCGCUUCGCUGUCGGAUCGCUUGUCGAGGGCGGCGGGAUGGGGGAGGCUGCGACGCCGGCGAUCGCCAAGGAUGUCACCGAGCUGAUCGGGAACACGCCAUUGGUGUACCUCAACAAGGUGACCGAUGGCUGCGUGGGGCGCGUCGCCGCCAAGCUCGAGUCCAUGGAGCCCUGCUCCAGCGUCAAGGACAGGAUUGCAUUCAGUAUGAUAACUGAUGCCGAGAACAGCGGGUUCAUCGUUCCAGGCAAGAGUGUGCUGAUUGAACCAACCAGUGGCAACACAGGCAUUGGACUGGCUUUCAUGGCUGCUGCAAAGGGUUACAGACUUGUACUGAUUAUGCCUGCCUCGAUGAGUAUGGAGAGGAGAAUCAUAUUGAAGGCUUUUGGCGCUGAACUGAUCCUGACUGACCCACUCUUGGGAAUGAAAGGAGCUAUUCAGAAGGCAGAAGAGCUAGCAGCAAAGACACCCAACUCAUACAUCCUUCAACAAUUUGAGAAUCCUGCCAACCCAAAGAUUCACUACGAGACAACUGGGCCUGAAAUCUGGAGAAGUACCGGAGGGAAGAUUGAUGGCCUUAUUUCUGGUAUUGGAACAGGUGGUACCAUUACCGGAACUGGACGAUACCUCAGAGAACAAAAUCCUAAUAUCAAGCUUUAUGGUGUGGAGCCAGUAGAGAGUGCUGUCUUAAAUGGUAAAAAGCCAGGGCCACACAAGAUCCAAGGAAUUGGAGCUGGUUUUAUCCCUGGUGUCUUGGAUGUUGACCUCAUUGAUGAAACCGUUGAAGUUUCAAGUGAUGAAUCUAUUGAGAUGGCAAAGGCCCUUGCUCUGAAAGAAGGGUUGCUGGUUGGAAUAUCUUCUGGUGCCGCUGCAGCUGCAGCAAUUAAGAUUGCUCAGAGGCCUGAAAAUGAAGGAAAACUUUUUGUUGUUGUAUUCCCAAGCUUUGGAGAGCGCUAUCUUUCGUCGGUGCUCUUCCAGUCCAUCAAGAAGGAAGCUGAGAGCAUGGUGGUCGAGUGAUUCCAGGUCCUAAAGCACAAAAAUCCGACAACUAUUUUCUGAAAAGUCUCUCCAUUCCUAGGGAGUUCUCAGAAAUAAAGCUUUGGUGUCUCUGCUAAUGUUGGCUUGUCAUACAUCGUGUCAGGUUUAAUUCCACUUUUGUAGCAAUGGAGCAUACUUUGUGUUGGCCUUGUGGUGUUUAGCAGCAAUCUGCAUUUUCUCUCCCUGUAUACUUAACUCAUCUAUGAUCUUUCUCAGCCAGUGUGAAAUAAAGCAUUAUGGUGCCAUACAUGUGA